GAAGCUGGAGAAGCUAUGCUACUGUUAGAGUACACGGUAGUUAAAGACAAGACUGGAUAAUAACAAGGUUGGGGUGAUGUACAGCAGUAAGGGUUGUCCAUCAAUGAAUAAAGUAGGAAGUUUUCAGCAAUGGUCUGACAGGAAAGUCUACACGGAGUCAGAUUUCAGAGCUGGAGCACUGAAUUGCAGUGAGUCACACAGAGAGCCUGAGAGCUGCCUUUGUUCCACUUGUGUCUGAACGUUGGAGGAGAAACAGCAGGCUCAAGUUUUUAUUAACUUCUUAUUUUUGUAAGCAUAAAACUCAUGUGCACUGAACUUUUUCCUCACUGGAGGUCUUUCAACUGACUUUCAGAAAAUGCUCCCAUGGCACACCUGGUGGACCUGGGACUUGCUGCUAUUGCUCUCUGGCCUGUCAAUCCAUGCUGGUUCAGCAGCUCAGGUCAUAGAAGAACGAGGCUCAAAAGGACAUCUUGACCUCACUGAAUUAAUAGGAGUUCCUCUUCCUCCUUCUGUCUACUUUGUCACUGGCUAUGGAGGGUUUCCAGCUUACAGCUUUGGUCCAGAUGCUAACAUCGGUCGAUUGACAAGUGCCAUUAUACCAUCACCUUUCUAUAGAGAUUUUGCUGUCGUCAAUACAGUGAAACCAAACAGUGAUCGUGGAGGAGUGUUAUUUGCAAUAACAGAUGCCUUCCAGAAAACUAUUUACCUGGGAAUGAGAAUUUCACCAGUUGAUGACAACACCCAGAGAAUAAUUAUGUACUACACAGAGCCUGGUUCCCAUAUCUCCCGAGAGGCUGCUUCAUUUAAAGUACCAGUCAUGACUAACAAGUGGAAUAGGUUUACAGUGACUGUUCAGGGCAAGGAUGUUGCUUUGUUCAUGGACUGUGAAGAAUACCAGAGAGUUCAGUUUCAAAGAUCAGAUCGAGCCUUGGUAUUUGAAUCUGGAUCUGGGAUAUUUGUUGGUAAUGCGGGAGCCACAGGAUUGGAAAAGUUCACAGGCUCAAUUCAACAUCUGACAAUCAAAUCUGACCCAAGGGCUACUGAAGAUCACUGUGAAGACGAUGAUCCUUACGCUUCAGGAGACAACAGUGGCAAUGGCAGCAUUCAAGAAGUUGGAGGUGUUUCGGAGACACAAGAAAUCCUUGCACCUUCUCAUCUCCCUAUAACGCCUGAAGAUACGUCAGCUGAGCCAGUGGAAGCCCCCCCAACUAUAUUGUCUUAUUUGGAAGAAAAUGAUUUCUCCGGAAAUCACAGAUCAGAAGAAAUCUCUGAAGCAGCAGUUAAAGAGCAAGAUUCAGCUGUCAUGGAAACUGAACAAGGCAACAAUGAGUCCACCACUGUAACACAGAAAACCUUAAGAGAAGAAGAUGGCUCUGGUGAUAGUACUUUGCCAGGAGUAAGCAGAGAGGAGGUCCAGAGAGGUCAGGCAGGAUCUCCAGGAAUGCCAGGAGAAGAUGUGGAGAAAAAAGAUCAAGGACCUCCUGGACCUCCAGGGAAACUUGGACAACAUGGUCAGCCCGGCACUCCUGGCAAAAACGGGUUACCCGGCAAAAAUGGACUUCAGGGCUUGCCAGGUCUGAAAGGAAAAGCAGGCCUAAAAGGAGAAAAGGGUGAUCCUGGCGAGGGAUUGCCAGGACCCCCUGGCCCACCAGGACCUGCCGGACCAUCUGCUUCUUCCAGAGGAUUAAAUAGACUGGAACCUGAAGAAUCGGGUUCAGGAGACAUUGAUGGAGAAACCGAGAUUUUAAGAGGUCCUCCUGGGCCACCAGGGCCUCCCGGACGUCCUGGUCUUCCAGGAAAGCCCGCACCCGAUUCAGGUGUAGGACCUCCUGGGUCACCAGGGGAAGACGGAGCUUCUGGUGAAGAAGGCCCUGAGGGUCCUCAAGGUCCUCCUGGUCUUGAUGGAGUGGCUGGCUCGCCAGGACAGAAGGGAGAAAAGGGUGAUAAAGGUGUUCCUGGUUCUGCUGGUCCAAAGGGUGAUACUGGAGACACUGGAUCAAUAGGUCCUAAAGGAGAGGCUGGUGCUGUUGGGUCUCCUGGGAAACCUGGACCACCAGGACCUCCCGGCCCCCCUGGGCCCCCUGGACCUCCUGGACCCCCAGGACUCAGCUACAGUUUGGGAUUUGAGGACAUGGAAGGAUCAGGUAGCCUUGACCUAUUAAGUGAAUCCAGAAUUCCAGGAUCAAGAGGGCCAAAGGGAGAAAGAGGCAACACUGGCCCACCAGGUUCAAAGGGAAUGCCAGGUACAGACGGAAAACCAGGCUUUCCUGGCACUGCUGGACAUCCUGGAGAUGUGGGUCCAAAAGGAGAGAAGGGUGACCCAGGACCUCAGGGUGUACCAGGACAGGAUGGGAACAGUAUCGUGGGCCCGCCUGGACCACCAGGACCACCAGGACCAAUCAUAGCUAUACCUGAGCUACUACUCAAUGAUACAGAUGGAAUUUUAAACUUUACUGGAAUUAAAGGACUUCUUGGGCCUCCAGGGCCAGAUGGCAAGCCUGGUCUACCAGGAUUUCCUGGCCCUCAGGGACCAAAGGGUGAUACUGGUUUGCCUGGAUCACAAGGACCCAAAGGACAACAAGGUGAAAAGGGAGAACCAGGAGCUAUCAUUGCUGCUGAUGGAUCUUUAACUGAAUUAUUAGGAAGAAAAGGGGAGAAGGGUGAAGCUGGAGUGGUGGGACCAGUGGGACCAAUGGGACCCAUAGGACCUACUGGACCUAAAGGAGAGCUUGGUUUUCCAGGACGUCCAGGCCGCCCAGGACUGAAUGGACUGAGAGGUGUGAAAGGUGAUCGAGGUGACUCAUUUAAUGGCCUUCCUGGCUUGCCUGGACCCCCAGGACCUCCUGGACCACCAGGACGUAUAGUUUAUAUCAAAGGAACAGUUUUCCCAGUCUCACCCAGACCUCAUUGCAAAAUGCCGGUGAGCACUCUUUACCCUGGAAAUCAAGAAACUCUUAAUGUCCAUGGUGCUAAAGCAAACAGAGAUUCCUGGGGGCUGAGCAAUUCAGUGGACUUAAAAGGAGAAAAGGGAGACAGAGGUGCUCCAGGACCACCAGGUCCACCUCUGCCUCCAUCAUAUUUUAGCCACUUUAUUAAUAGCAUAAAGGGUGAAAAAGGAGACAACGGAGUCACUGGUUUAAAAGGAGAAAAAGGAGAACCAAAUGGAGGUUUUUUUCUGACAGGACCUCCUGGACCACCUGGAAGACCAGGAUUAGUUGGACCAAAAGGGGAUUCAGUUGUUGGACCCAGAGGACCUCCAGGAUUACCAGGCCUACCUGGCUUACCAGGUUAUGGAAAAAUUGGACCUCCUGGCCCACCUGGCCCACCAGGCCCACCAGGACCCCCUGCAAUAUACGGCUCAGCAGCUGCAAUGCCUGGGCCACCAGGUCCUCCUGGAGAGCCAGGGCCACCUGCAACCAGGAGUCUGGUUACAACAUUCCAUAACAUUGAGGGUAUGCUGGAAAAAGUUCAUUUGGUAGCAGAAGGUACGCUAAUCUAUCUGAGUGAAACCAGUGAGGUUUAUAUCCGUGUUCGAAAUGGAUGGAGAAAAUUGCAGCUUGGUGAGCUAAUUCCUAUCCCUGCUGACAGCCUUCCUCCUCCAGCCUUAUCAAGCCAUGGAUUUCAGUCUCUUCCAGCGCGAAGUCCAGUACCAAACAUGAACAAUGGAAAACCAUCACUGCAUCUGGUAGCUUUAAACUUGCCAUCUUCUGGUGACAUCCGAGCAGAUUUUCAGUGCUUUCAACAGGCCCAACUAGCAGGUUUGACAUCUACCUAUAGAGCCUUCCUCUCAUCGCAUUUGCAAGAUCUGGCAACAGUUGUCAGAAAAACCGACCGACAACAUUUACCAAUAGUCAAUCUUAAGGGAGAAACACUUUUCAGUAACUGGAAUUCUAUAUUUAAUGGAAAUGGUGGACAAUUUAACAUUCAUGUUCCCAUAUACUCCUUUGAUGGGAAGAAUGUAAUGACCGAUCCAUCUUGGCCUCAAAAAGUAAUAUGGCAUGGUUCAACUACAAAUGGGAUCCGACUGGUUAGCAACUACUGUGAAGCCUGGCACACAGCUGAUAUAGGAGCUAUGGGACAAGCAUCACCGCUGAAGACAGGGAAACUUCUUGAUCAGAAAGUAUAUAGCUGUAGUAAUCAUUUUAUUGUUCUCUGUAUUGAAAACAGUUUUGUAUCAGAUCCCUAAGGAAAAUAA